AUGCAAUUUGAAUUGUGGACAUUCUUUUGAGUUUUCAGUUAGCAGAAGUGGGGCCAUGGACUAGACUGGCUGUUAUGUAUAACACCCGGAGGGCCAGAAAUGCCCAUGGAGAAGAAAAAAAGGUUACCUAAGCCUCUUGCUAAAUUGAGAAGAGGAAGGAUGGGAGAGGAUCGCAUUGCUAUGAAUGAAAUUCACUUCUUUUUAGGAAAUCUUAAGGGAUUGGAGUGGAAGAGGUGUUGUGUAAUAAAUUUUUGGGAUUGUUUUUCAGAUUUUUCUUUCUUGUAUAUGUCAGUUUGUGUUUUAUUGUUUGUUCUGUACAAGCAUUUGUUGGUUUUUCUUUUGAUCUAUUGAUGAGAGGAUCACUAUGGAAUUGUCUCGCGUUUAUGUACCUUUUUUAGUUUUAAUGAAAUUUCAUCAUUGUUCAAAAAAAAAAAAAAAAAAAAAAAAGGUUACCUAAGCCUCUUGCUAAAUUGAGAAGAGAGGAUGGGAGAGGACUGCCUUGCCUAGCGUUUAGGUUCUACAUUUAGCAAAAUGGAGAUGUGUCCGGAAGAAAUGCAAUCCUCAAUUUAAUUGAUCCUCGAGCUCAAUUGCAUUAAAAGAUCAAGAAACAUAUAAUGAUUGAAUUAAAUUUAGUUAUUGGUAUAUUUAGAAAUCCGGAAGUGUAUUAAUGAUAUUUAUCCAUUAGGAUUGAAACCCAAAAAUAUAGGGUGUUUGGUUAUCAAAAACUUCCCAAGCGUAAGCAUGAAAGAUCUUGGAAGGGUGUCAUCCCCCAAUAUGUUCCCUUUCAUCUCCUGCUCAAAAUGAUACCAUCCUGUCCAACUUGAUCGGCAUCACCUUGUAUGCAAACAUGCCCCUUUAGAAGUAGUAGGAGGAGGAGGAGGUUACUGCAAUUUGGCUUUAGAAAAGAUAGAAACAAUAGUUAGAACUUUGACUUUGGUAGAAUGAUGAUUGGAGAUGUUAACUGCUAAUGUCUUUCUUUGUUGAGGAAAGUUUGAUCCCUAAUUGUAGUUCUUAAGGAGUGAAUUCUAUCUAUUAUUAGUAAUUAUAUUGUUUAUUACUAUAAAUUUACAUCAUAUUAAAAGUUGUUUAUUAAAUUUUGUUGUUGUUGCAGUCCUUCCUCUAUCAUCCUUGAAAUUGAUUUGCUGCUCACAACUAAAAGACCCUCUUCAAGCCUCUUCACAAUUACGCGAUGUUUGAUAAUCCGGGAAGCCAGGUUGGGGCGCAGGUACCCUCCUUGAACCCCCAACCGAACCCAUUUGGAAAUACAUUCAGUGGAACUGGGUCGGGACUCAUCCGAGGUGGGCUAGGUGCAUAUGGAGAGAAAAUACUAGGAUCGAGUUCUGAGUACGUGCAAAGCAAUAUCAGCAGAUACUUCUCCGAUCCUCAGUAUUAUUUUCAGGUGAAUGACCAAUAUGUGAGGAACAAGUUGAAGGUGAUCUUGUUUCCAUUCCUACACAGGGGACACUGGACAAGGAUAACCGAGCCAGUGGGAGGCCGCCUCUCCUAUAAACCUCCAAUUUACGAUAUUAAUGCUCCAGAUCUGUACAUCCCGCUCAUGGCGUUUGUUACCUACGUUGUUCUUGCAGGCUUCUCACUGGGACUUCUUGGAAAGUUUAGCCCAGAAGCUCUGAGCCUACAGUUCACGAAGGGAUUGCUCGGAUGGUUCUUGCAGGUUGCCUUGCUCAAAGUCCUACUGUAUUCAUUGGGGAGCGGUGAAGCUCCACUGCUGGACAUUAUUGCAUAUGCAGGGUAUGCUUUUACAGGAAUGUCGGUAGCUGUUCUUGCUUGGAUCUUUUGGAGCUAUGCGUAUUACUUCAUGAUGCCAUGGAUGUGCAUUUGCAUGGCUGUGUUCUUGGUGAAGACUGUGAAACGGGUCCUGUUCGCAGAGGUGAGGAGCCAUGACAAGCAUUCAUCCAUCCAUCAUUACCUUCUACUUUUCAUGGCUGUUUCACAGUUUCCCUUGUUUUUCUGGCUUGGCAAUGUCGGGUCAUAAACGUCAUAUGUUCCUUGUUAGUACAACAGUCUCUCUGUAGGCAGCUGAUUCUUUUUUUCAUAUGA